CCAAAACCAUCCCGAGAGGGGAGUCGAAUCUAUACCAGAAGUAGUAGUAGGAGUCGUCGCCGGAGCUCCAAGAAGGCCCCUUCAAUAACUUGGCGUAAUUAGAAAACCAAAAGCUCAUCCUCGCCAUGAGCCUCCUUCAAGAACUCCCACGGAAGCUUGCACCAAACGCUGUCCUCGCAGCAUGGCCAAAAGCUAUCGGGCGAAUGGAGCGAAUUGAGGCGGCAGGAGCUGCGCAGCCGGCGCCAUCGCGGCCAUCGUCUCUUCCGCCUUCACAAUGGCGCGAAUGCUCUAUUUCCUCUACUCAAUCGUUUCUGUGCCGAAUCGAAGGAGGGAUGGAGGGACUAGGGGCCGGUGGGAAAAUAAUCGAGUGGUGGGAGAGGGGUCUCGCCACCGCCACACUCACCCGCAGCGUAAGGAAGAAGAGAGGAAGAACAUAGAAGAUUUCAUAUCUGUUUGCCGUCUUGAUGCAGGCGAAAGAACCGAGAGGGAGAGAGAGAAAAUAAAUAAUGUUUAUAUUU